CACUUCUCUGGUAAAGAGUAAGUCAUGUCAAGAGUUUAGUUCUAUUCUAUUUGCACACGAACACGAGAGGGGCUGGGUUAACCAGUGACAGGCAGUUAUAUUUUGAAAAAUAACCUAGAUGCCUAGUGCGUAAGCCGGCUAACUGUAGAUUAAUUUGCUGAAUUUUAUUAUUUUUAUUUCGUUAAUUAACGAACGAGCAUGGAAGGAUACAAGAGAGAUGAGGUACAUAAUGCCUACGAGAAACAAGUGAAUUAUAUAGAUAAAAUGUAUCUCAGAGAUAUAAAGAAAGAAAUGUUUGAAUGUUCAGCAAAGUGUUGUGAAAAUAAAACUGCCUCUGUCGAAGAAGUCAACUAUUGUGUAGAGAAGUGUUCAGCCAAGUACCAAGAGUCCCAUAACUACUGUAUUAAUGAGUUCAACAAUUAUCAGCAUCGACUCCAGCGGUGUGUCAGUGAGUGCAAUGAUGCAGCCAAGGAUAAAUUGGGCGCUCAAACUUCUAGUGCUGAAGUAGAAGCAGCAAGCAAAAUGUUUGAGGAUUGUGCCCGUACUUGCAUUGAUAAGCAUGUGCAACUUCUUCCUCAAUUUGCUAAAAAUGUUCAAGAAGUUCUCAGUCAAAAAAUGGGUAAAAAUAAAGUCAAGCCAGGAUAAUGUUUCCUUCGUACUAGUCGUUACAGUCUUUGUCACAAUGGGUGGUUUAUAUUUGACUGUGAUAGCAUAAUAUUGUUUGUAAUUAAAGAAUAAGUUUGUUGCGCCAUCCGGUUUUUAUAACAGAGAAAUAAAUUUGUUAUAUCAUAAAUAGAUCAUAAGCUCAAUCACUGUUUUUAAAAUGGAAAAUGAGUAUGUUACACACUACUUAACUCAUAUAAUUAAUAAAGCGUUAUUAAUAACAACUAAAUAAAUCUACCUCACUGUGUAACGAGACUCAAGCUUGUAUUAAUAAUUGAGUUUGUUAUAGUUAUGUCUGUAUAUGUUAGUUAAUUAUCUUGAGAUUAAGUGGAAUAGAGGACUCAUAAUAGUCAUAGUAGUCCUAGCUUCGCCUCAAAGUCAUAUUUAAUUUCUUUAUACAAAAAGUGAAGAGAUACAAUUAUACAAUAUUUGUUAUUUAUAAUGGUAAAAUAUGCGUUACACCCUUGUGCCAGAGACUUAUGUUGUUGUUUGUAAUUGAGAAAUAAAUUUGUUACACUUAUAAA